AUGUUGAAGCCAAAUCUGGUGCUUGCCCUUAUCUGGCUCUUCGUGCCCUUCAGUCUCGGCCAAGGAGACACUCUGGGACUUCGCAAUGGCUAUACCAAACUUCAAACCGCCAACUUCGACAUACAAUUAGUUCAUGAUGCUCAGGUGCUGGCAUCAUUACGACCCCUUGGGCAGACGUUCGACUUUCUGCCUUCGGAUUACUUAUCCCAACGAGCAGGAAAUGGGCAGUAUCACUGGGGAGACAUCACCUUCCGGUACAGGUCCGCCGGCAGUACGGCUUGGAUCAAUGGCGACUCGGCGGCUUCUCGUCAUGCAGUCAGCGCCGUACCAAGCAACGAGUCGCUGGCUGCAUCAAAUCUCAAGCCGACUCUUCCUUCGGGGAUUGCCUUGAACGUAACUAGGGAGUGGCUCGAUGUCGAAGGCGACCUCGGCCUCACCUUCACUGUCUUGAACUCGGGCACCACAGCAUUGGAAAUCGGCAGCCUCGGAUUCCCCGCCGAGUUCAACAGCAUCUUCACGAAUCGUACAGCUGAAGAAGCUCAGGCGAAAUGUUCACUCUCGGACCCGUACAUUGGCAUGCAUGGAGGCUUCAUUAGAGUAUCCCGUCUUAAUGGCGAAAAUCCAGCUCUGGUGGUGACGCCGCUUGGAGAUACGCCCCUGGAAGCCUACAGAAAUCUUGACGAACCUUACUACGACGCCACGGCAUACGAGAGUCAAACGUUUGAGGGCUUCUACGAAUGGCAAAUGCUCACUAAAGCCUGGGCGGAGAAAGAGUGGAACAAUACAGAUCCUUGGAAUCAGCCGUCUUCUCGGAUUUUACAGCCGGGAAAGUCUCUGAAGGCUGGUCUGAGGUUCUCUAUUGCCAAGAACGGUAUCCGAGCGAUCGAAGACACAGUUCAAAGUACAGGGACACCAUAUGCUCGUUGUGUUCCUGGGUAUAUCAUCCCUCAAGAUAUGCCUGCGCAGCUUCUAGUGCGACCUGGGCCUGGAGCAGAGGUAGCUGGAUUUUCAGCCGAACCAGCUGGCUCUCUUAAGACAUCCGAGGGCUCCAAUGGUGUCUACAAGAUCACUCCAUCCGCUUCUUCCUUUGGCCGAGCACGUCUGACGAUUACGUACUCGGACAACAAAAUUCAGACUGUCCACUACUUCAUCACCAAACCGGCCCCUGAUACCAUCAAAGGCCUCGGCCAGUUUCUCACGACCAAGCAAUACUUCACCAACACUAGCGACCCAUUUGGCCGAGCGCCCUCUGUCAUGACCUACGAUUAUGAUGUCAAAGCCAUCGUGACUCAAGAUGAUCGCGUCUGGAUAGCAGGGCUGAGUGACGAAGCUGGCGCGGGUUCAUUUCUGGCUGCGGCGAUGAAGCAGGCUGCCCAGCCUGAUGCUGAGGAGAUCACCAAGCUAGAAGCUUUUGUGAGCAAGGUGAUGUGGGGACACAUUCAGACAUCAAACUACGCUGUACGCAAAAGCAUCUUCUACUACGACCAGGCUGCGUUGCCAAACUACACGUACAGUCCCAGUAUUGACUGGACAGGCUGGCAAAGCUGGAACAAGCAAGCGGCUUAUAGCACGGAUCGAGCGUAUGAUUACGUCCAUGUAGCAGCCAGCUAUUGGGCCAUGUAUCGCGCUGCACGGGCUUACCCGCAGCUUUUCAAAGAGCAUGACUGGGCGUGGUAUCUAAACCAAUCAUACAGCACGGUCAUGGCAUGCAUGGCUACUGACUCGUCUGGCAAUCCGACUGUGGGAUAUUCUCGUGUGGGUCUGAUGGGCGAGACCGUCUUUGGAGAGCUUCUCAAGGACCUGGGACGAGAAGGACUGGCCGAGGAGGCAGAAUCGUUAGAGGAGAAGAUGCGUGUCCGCGCAGCUCUCUGGGAUACCGAGCCUGUGCCCUUUGGGAGUGAAAUGGCGUGGGAUUCCACAGGACAGGAAGGUGUAUACUACUGGUCGAAGUACUUUGGGUACAAUGACACCGCAUUGAAGGCAUUGGGCACAGUCUUGGGUUUCCAACCUACCGUUCCUCACUGGGGAUGGAACGGCAAUGCGAGACGGUAUUGGGACAAUAUGUUAGUGCUACCCGUGGGCUCCUAG